CUCUCCGCCUCCAGGACUGUCAGUCCGAGCGCGGCCGAGCUAGGGCCGAGGGGCCCGCUGGGCCGGCGCCGCUAUGGCGGCCGUGUUUGACCUAGACCUGGAGACGGAGGAAGGCAGUGAGGGCGAGCCAGAGUUCAGCCCCUCGGACGUGUGUCCCCUUGGCGAGUUGAGGGCGGCUGGCCUGGAGCCUGUGGGACACUGUGAGGAGGUGGAGCUGACAGAGACCAGUGUGAACCUGGGCCCUGAGCGCAUUGGGCCCCACUGCUUUGAGCUGCUGCGUGUGCUGGGCAAGGGGGGCUACGGCAAGGUGUUCCAGGUGCGAAAGGUGCAGGGCACCAACUUGGGGAAAAUAUAUGCCAUGAAAGUCCUGAGGAAGGCCAAAAUUGUGCGCAACGCCAAGGACACAGCACACACGCGGGCUGAACGGAACAUUCUAGAGUCAGUGAAGCACCCCUUCAUUGUGGAACUGGCCUAUGCCUUCCAGACCGGCGGCAAACUCUACCUCAUCCUCGAGUGCCUCAGUGGCGGUGAGCUCUUCACGCAUCUGGAGCGAGAGGGCAUCUUCCUGGAAGACACAGCCUGUUUCUACCUGGCAGAGAUCACGCUAGCCCUGGGCCAUCUCCACUCCCAAGGCAUCAUCUACCGGGACCUCAAACCUGAGAACAUCAUGCUCAACAGCCAGGGCCACAUCAAACUGACAGACUUUGGACUCUGCAAGGAGUCGAUCCACGAGGGCGCUGUCACCCACACUUUCUGUGGCACCAUUGAGUACAUGGCCCCUGAGAUUCUGACGCGCAGUGGCCACAACCGGGCGGUGGACUGGUGGAGCCUGGGGGCCCUGAUGUAUGACAUGCUCACUGGAUCGCCGCCCUUCACUGCAGAGAACCGGAAGAAAACCAUGGACAAGAUCAUCAAAGGGAAACUGACGCUGCCCCCCUACCUCACCCCAGAUGCCCGGGACCUCGUCAAGAAGUUUCUGAAGCGGAAUCCCAGCCAACGGAUCGGGGGUGGCCCUGGGGACGCUGCUGAUGUGCAGAGACACCCCUUCUUCCGGCACAUUAAUUGGGAUGAUCUCCUGGCUCGCCGCGUAGACCCUCCUUUCAGGCCCUCUCUGCAGUCAGAGGAGGACGUGAGCCAAUUUGACGUCCACUUCACGCGGCAGACGCCGGUCGACAGUCCUGAUGAUACAGCCCUCAGUGAGAGCGCCAACCAGGCCUUCCUGGGCUUCACGUACGUGGCACCCUCCGUCCUGGACAGCAUCAAGGAGGGCUUCUCCUUCCAGCCCAAGCUCCGCUCCCCUAGGCGGCUGAACAGCAGCCCCCGGACCCCAGUCAGCCCCCUAAAAUUCUCACCCUUUGAGGGAUUCCGGCCCAGCCCUGGCCCAGUGGAGACCACAGAGCCCCCCCUACCUCCUCUCCUGCCACCGCCACCACCACCCUCGAGCUCUGCCCCCCUCCCCAUCCGACCCCCCUCAGGGACCAAAAAGUCCAAGAGGGGCCGUGGGCGUCCUGGGCGCUAGGAGGACCCUCGGCCAGUUCCAGAGGCCUGGAGGUGUGAGUGUGUGUGAGUGUGUGUGACAGCGCGUCUCUGCUGAGGGUGGCUGUGCCCUGAACCAUGCCCGUGAAGGGCCACCGGCUGUGGCCGUGCAGUGGAGGGGCCUUGCCACCCAGCUGGCCUCCCGCAGCUGAGCUGUGCCCUUGGAGAAUUAAACUAUUGAAUCAUGGCA